AUGGAUUUAUUCAAUACAGAAGGAGAUGAGUCAUCAUCACAUGAAAGUAACGCCCUUGAUCAAUUGGAUAAUAAUAACGAAUUUGAAAUGAAUAGUCAAGAACAAACGCCAGCUAUUGAGAAUUCUUUAAAUGAUCAAGAACGCGAAAAUGAUGAAAACCCUUUAUUAGAGGAAAAAACUUCACCAAAUAAUAAUGAUUAUAAUGAAGAAGAAGAUGAUGACAAUGAUAAUAAUAACACAUCGACAACGGUAGAUCAUUCAUUUGUAACUGCAACAGCUAUUGAUACCUCUCAAGAUGAAAAUAAAUCAGAAGAAAAUGAUGCACAUUUAUCAACCGAUAUUACUGAUUAUAAUAAAGAAGAAAAUAAACACAGUGAUAAUGAUAAUAAUAAUAAUAACAACAACAAUAAUGAUGAUGAUGAUGAUGAUGAUGAGGGCAAAAAUCAUAUUGAAAAUACUGAUAGUCCUGUGUCUGAAAGUAAAGAUGAUAACACGGAUGUUGAUAUGCUCAAGGAUGACAACGCAGCAGGAAAUAAUGAAGAAGAGAUAAUAAAGGAUACCGAGACUACUGAAACACCAAUAUCGGAGAUAGAUAAUAAUAAUUCCAUAAUGAGGGGUGAACAAGAAUCAAACUCUGAAAUACCUAACGAGGAGGAUAAUAUCGAAAAAAUUUCUUCUACUGACAAUAAUAAAGUUGAGGAGGAAAAAGACCUUGAUAAGUCUGAUGAUAAUGGCAAUGAGAAGAAGGAUACCGAUAUGAAUGGUGAUGAAGAAAAAGACUUUAAUGUAAAUGAUGAUGACCUCGACGAGGAAGAAGAAGAAGAUGAUGAACAAAUUGAUGAUAUCCCCGAACAGGAAAGUGACGCAGAUACAGAGACUCCUAAGAUCCCAGAUUAUAGGAGCCACGGAAUAACAGAUGGUGUUACUGUAACAACUUUAAAUCAAGAACUUGAGGAAGAAAAAAAUACCACCACUAUUAAUGAGGAUGAUAAUACUAAUAAUAAUAGCAAUGAUAAUUCUUUGAUAAAUGAAGUAUAUAACGCUGAUGAUCAGGAAAAGGAUAACUUGGGGUUGAACACAGGUGAGGAAGACGAUGAAGAAGAAGAAGAGGAGGAGGAAGAAGAAGCAGAUGAUGAAGAGACACAUAGGGAAAAAAGUACAGAUUUUGAAGGUUCACCAUCCGUGGUAAUAAAUGAGUCAGAAACGACUAGCCCUGUAACACUAACUUCUGAAUUAAAUCAAAAUACAACAGAAAAUCAAUCAGAAUAUAUGAAUAGAGAUAACAAGAUAGUGACAAACGUUUCACAGGUCGAUUCAACAUCAGCAGUUCAAAGUAACACAAAGGAAAAUGAAACAACUGAACCAACUGAUGAACAUUUCAAUGAUGAUAAAUUAAUUGCAGAAGAUAAUUCAACAGAAAAAAGAGAGGAAAACUCAGCCAAUGUUGAAAAGUCCGCUCAAGAAAUUCACGACGUUUCUCCUGAUUCCAAUCAUAACCAUUCAAGUCCGCAAGAACAUAGUAUAUCUAAACAUCACACACGUAAGGUAGAAGAUGGAAUUAUAAUACCACAAACUCAUGAGAUCGUUAUACCAAGUUAUUCAACGUGGUUCAAUUUAAGAAAAAUACAUCAAAUUGAAAAGAAAUCCCUACCAGAAUUUUUCACAAACAGAAUUGCAUCAAAAACUCCCGAGAUUUAUAUUAAAUAUAGAAAUUUCAUGGUCAACUCAUAUAGACUAAAUCCAAACGAAUACUUCAGUGUCACGGCAGCAAGAAGAAAUCUAUCUGGUGAUGCUGCAUCUAUAUUCAGAAUUCAUAAAUUCUUGAUGAAAUGGGGUCUGAUAAAUUAUCAAGUUAGUGCGAAACAACUACCAAAAACUGUCGAACCACCAUAUACCAAUGAAUUUUCUACAAAACAUGAUGCACCAAGAGGUAUCUUCCCAUUUGAAAGUUAUAAACCUUCUGUUCAAUUACCAGAUAUGGCAAAAUUAAAGAAGAUGAUGGAUGUUGAGGAUGAACGUAGUACAUUGUACAAAUAUUUAAGUCAAGAAAAAAAGCGGACCUUCUCUGAACUAGAGAAGAAUGAAAUGCAGGAAUCUGAGUCUAUCAAUAAUAAUGAAACUAAACCUGCAACCUCAUCGACUAUCCCUCUAAAUGAAACUAGACCUAUCAAGAGACCAAAUAUUUUAGAUAAUGUUAGUGUCUCAACAGAGAAAGUAAAAUGGGAAAGGGAAGAUUUGAAGAAAUUAUUGUUUGGUAUUCAAACUUACGGAUCUGAUUGGUACAAAGUUGCUAAACAUGUAGGUAACAAGACACCAGAGCAGUGUGUUUUAAGAUUUUUACAAUUACCAAUAGAGGAUAAAUUCUUAUACCAAGACUUAAAUAAAUUACCAGGUAACCACACGGAAAAGGGCCAAAGUUCCGUUGUUAGUGUAGAUGAUUUGGGACCACUGAAAUUUGCCCCUCAUCUUCCCUUUUCAAAAAGUGAAAAUCCGGUUCUAUCUACAAUUGCAUUCCUGGUAGGUCUUGUAGACCCCCAGAUAGUUCAACAAAUGACCAAUCGUGCUAUUCGUUCAAUGGAAGAUGAUGAGAAAGAAAAUAUCGGUGAAGAGGAUAAUAAAUUGAAUGAUAAAAUGGAGGUGUACAAUGACGAUAAAGUUGAAAAGGCAGACGAAACUGAAAAUGUCGAUACCCAAAUUGCCAUAAAGGAACAUCCUGAAACACAAACAGCCGAAACACCUGCAAAAAUCGAGGAUGAGAGUACUAAAACUAAUGCAGAACCUCUUUCAGAAAAUCGUGAGGAGAUUAAACCUGAUACUGUAAAGGAAGAUAAGGUAGAACCUAGUUCAGAAGAAGGUGAAAGUGGUGCGAAAAAUACAGGUUUGACUGUACCCUCUGCUAUACCCGAGGAUGUGGAAAUGAUAGAUUCAACAACACAACAACAAAACUCAAGAGAAGGUAGCAGUGAUAAUACUGAUGCAUUAUUUGGCGACGACAAUAGCGAUGAAGAUAUGAUGGCAGAUGAAUACAAAGAAGAUGAAACCAAAAAUAUUGAUACAACAGAUGUAGUCGGUCCAUCAGAAUCAGUUAUUGAAUCAGAAACACUAAAAGAUAAUACUUCUUUAGAUGUAACAGGCCAAAAUAAGGAGGAACACCUUGAAAAUAAAGAGGAAGCAGGAACUUCACCUGAAGAUAUCGUUACCACGAAGGUGGACACCAAUACAAAUUCUAAUGAUGCUACUGAAAACCAGACGGAAAAGAUUGGUGAAAAGAAUGAACCAGAGGUUGUCUUAGAUACUUUAGUGGAAAUGAGAAGUUCCACAAUGCCAGUGAUUGAAAAGGAGGAACCUCCAAAGGAGACAGAAGCAGAAGAAAAUAAUGAUGUUAAAGAAGGUUCUGAAAUUGCUAUAUCAUCUUUAGGUGUUCGUUCCCAUGUAUUCGCCAAUAAUGAAGAAAGACAAAUGAAUAAGCUGGCUAACCAAAUGAUUCAAAUUCAACUUGAAAAACUAGAAACCAAACUGAAAAUAUUUGAUAAACUAGAAAGAUCCUUGGAGUUCGACAAGAAGAAAUUGGAAAGGAAACAAGAAGAAUUUUUAGUACAACGUUUGACAUUCGCCAAAAGUUCAAAUUUACUUGUGAAGAAGUUCGACAAGGCAUUGAAUUUGUUAAAUGAUAACCAUGCUGAGAGUUCCACAUCUACAAAGAAUGUGGAUGAAUCCACGAUAAAGUCAUUAACGUCUUCUGUGAGUGAGAUGAAACAAUUAUUGUCUAGACCACUUUAUCUAAGUUUCGGCUCAAAAGUGGAAGGUCCAAAAAUGUCCACCACUGAAGAAACAGACACAACAGAAGAUUUGGAAAAUGGAAUGAAACCAAUUUCCAUUGAGAAUCCCCAAGUUUACAGAUAUUGGUCAGCCUAG